AUGAGUACCCUCCGGGCAUGUGAGGUCAAAGAGAUCAACGCCGCCUACGUGGUGAACGAGCUGUCCUCCACCGGCAGCGUCUACGAGUUCAACACCGUCGAGUAGCGAGGCGUGAGGGCCGGCGGCGACCUGCCGACACUGAGCUUCGUGCAGUCGGUCAGCACCAUCCCGUCGGCAUUCCCGCGGAAGCUCAACACGUGCGGUCGCAUCUGCGUGGACCCGACGGGCUGGCGAGAAUACUUAUGUAGCAGAUUAUUUGUUUUGUUUUGUUUUUUUCUUUGUCCAUCCGUGAACGUUUAUCUUUUGUGUUUGUUGUGUGUGUGUUUUCUUUUUCUGUCUCGCGCGAGAAAUUUAUCAGUGUUGUGUCAUGGCAGAUUAUUUGCACCUUCGUCUUUCCUUGGUCCAUCGGUGUGUGCGCGUGUAUUAGCAUCGACCGCGCUAUCUAGCCGGCUGGCCAAUGGAAAGGCGUCAGUUCUACACGAGUGCGAGGGAAAACUGAAGACGAUUCUCAAGGCCAUGGAUCUCUCCUCUCUCUCCCUCUGUGUGUUUGGUUUUGUUUCCCUUCUCCGAUAUGCUUUUGCAACAGCAGCAUUUUGUUGCGGGCGGACGCUUGUCUCCGCCGCUUUUUUUUCGUUUCUUUGUUGAACUGCUGCCUGUGUGUUGCAUUAUCUGUUGACGGGUCGACGUCUUAUCCCGACCCGGCACUCGCGACUCUAUAUAAUUGAGGGUAACCAUACACUACAGCGGGUCGGGUCCGUGACAAUCUUUUUCGACCCCUUGAUCUGUCGGAACAAUAAGAAACCGGUAGAGACGGACGAUCGAUGCGCUACAGGGUACCAGGCAGGCUAAAAAAUACUGGACUUCACCCGCAAUGUCUCCACGAUUCAUGCGCACGUGCAGUGUUCGCCGUAGACCAAACCCCGUCUCACCUUGCUCUGCUGUAUCACUCACUACGAGACAGAUCCCCGCCUUCACAUAGGAUAGAUAGGCUAGGGACAGCGUUUUUGAGCCACCCUUUGCAAAACAGGAAGGAGUGCGUGUCCAUUGAUUGGUGAUCGGUCCUGCGAGAACAAACAGUGCUCCGUCCUCUCGAGGAGGACGCGUGGUCAGUGGCUAACCGCUAAGGCAUGCAA